AUGAGUACGGGCAAUGGUCAGUUGUCAGUAGGGGAAAACGCGGAGCACAUGAUGCUACGUUUUGACGCGAUUGAUGAACUCAUGCAGUCCAAUUCCGAUGGUGAGCAGGACGCCAUCACAACGCACCUCAACGGGGGGAUGGACUUGCACAGUGUUUUGGCGCGACACGAGGCGGAGCUUUCUGCACUACGUGAGGAUUUCAUUGCGGCCCAUGUAGAUGAAGCGGAGAACAUCUGUUCCCUGUAUAUGGAAUUCGUGGAGUGUGAAAAGAAGUUGGUGGGGUUUGAAGAAGAAAUUAUUGCCUUUCAGCGUCGUUUGGCCGAUUCAGCGGACGACAUGGUUAAAAUGCAGCAGCAGACUGUGUCCCUUGUGCGUAGUAUCAACAAUCGCCGCCUUUGCAGCAGUAAGUUGAGUGAGGUGUACACUGUCUUGCAGGAGUGUGAUGCCUUUUGCAGUGCCAUUGCCCAGAAGGAGGUGGACCAGAGUUACCUGGAAAACAUCUCGGAAUUGGAGAGACAGCUAACCUUUUUUUCGUCGAACAAGGAACUGAAGGGGUCGGCAGUAGACUUGGAGACACGACCACGUCUACACGCAGCUGCAGUACGAGCUGGUGAUAAACUGCAACGAUAUUUUAGAAAACAAUUUGUUGCACUAGCUGCGGCAGAGGACCUGAUUAGCAUUGAGAGUCAGCAGCAAUCAUUGGUGGAAACAGGCCAAAAUGCCAUUAAGUUUCUAAAAAACUAUCAUCCACCCAUUGCCGAGGUGAUUUUCCAAGAGUACGCAAAACGAAUGUCGGACGCUUUUGCUCGCCUUGUUCGUGCUGUGUUGCACGAUUUUGGUGAGCUGUGUCUCACACACACCGGCAGCAUUGACACUAUCAUUACAGCGGAUGACGUGCAUGAUGUGGUGUACAAUCGCGACACUGGCGCUCCCAAGGGAAACCAUGUUGCCGUAGCGGCACAAGCACUAAAGUUUCCUGUGCAUCCGUUUCCGCGCCGCGAGCGCAGCCUUUCACAGCACAUGCGUCAUUUUGCUGGUCGCAUGCUGAAAACUGAGCGACCCAUGAGGAUCCGGGAGACGACCAUUUACGAUACAGUCGCGGCGUUGAGCACAAUACGGGUUAGAGGUGAAACCUUUUCUCUGGAUGCGGCCGCGGCACGUUCACUGGAAAAUGCGGGUAAUUGGCCAUACAAUUUUUUGUGCGGCAUGCAUCUCCUCGUUAACCUCUGCACCUCCGAGUGCCAGUUUAUACGUCAGUUUUUUUGUUUCUCCUCAGCAGAGGACGAAUAUGGCGGGACGGAGGCGCUUGUGCGUGUCGUGUUGUCGAGCGCACUUGACAUUGCCCAAAAUAGCAUUCGGGAGGCCCUGUCGCUUCUGACAGAUCGUCAAAGCACCCUCGCUAGUCUUCGUAUUGUUGACAUUGUCAAAACGUAUUUUUGUUGUUUGUCUAAUCCCGUCCCUCUUCUCCUCCUCAGCGGCAUCAUGGAAUCGGCCAAGAGAAUAUUGUCUGGCACACUACAUCGCGUCGUGGCAAAUGACCAGGAAUCAACGCAGUUCCUAACCUCCUUGAGGUUGUCACCCUUUCAGUUUGUUCCAAGUGACAGUAAAGUAAACUUGAAUGGACUGCUGGAGGAUCGUCAGUACGCCGUCACGCUCGGGCCACACCCCAUCGUGCGGCGAUUUAGUCAAAUUGCAGGAGAAAUGGAGCUACUUAACUCCGCCUCUUUUGAGGGAUCUAGGGUGGACGGUGUGAAUGUUUUGCUGUAUGAUUUUGUGGUCGCCAGUGCUCUUUAUAGUGAACUGGAAAAUGUUUUAGAGUUUGUCGUUAUGCUUGCAAAACGGCAUAAAAACUCAUUGGCGCAGCGCAUAUUUGCUCUUAACAAUUACUUUUACAUACAGGCGUAUUGGCGUCAUAUGUCUGGCAUUUUAAGAUCUGUUGUGGAGAUUGAGCAGCUGCCAUCUGCUGCGCCACCGGCACACGUUAGCUGCAUUACUAGCCGACUUUCUAAUGAACUGGCGUGCUUUGUGGACGAAGACUCAAAAGUAAACGGGAUCUUUGGUUACCUGUUUGACUUUGUUCACGCCGCAGAAGCCACGCUGGGAAGUGCCUUUUUUACAGAUGAUGCUCCACUGGAGCUCUCUUUGGACGCACUACCAGCUGCCUUGAGCGAGGCCGAAACGCUGCAGGUGGUUUCGGACCUUAGCCAGGGUUGGCAAACGCAGUUAUCGGAGACCUGCACGCUGGUGCGGCAAGUUGUCAGCUGGACAUUUACGGACGCAGCGGCGGCAGUGCAGGACGAGGUUGCAUUGAACUCCAGCAAGGAGCUGGAGGAACUUAUUCUCAAAAAGUACACGCAGGCUGUGGUGGAGGCGAACACAAAGUUGCAUGUGGUCGUCACGCGCCUCUUUGCAAAACAUAACGAGAUGCGCGCGAGGCUGACAAGCAACGCGACCGUUCUGCAUGAGGUGAAAAAAGUCCUUCAGUCUCGGUAA